GUGUUGGGCCAGUUUCAAGCGAUGACGGCUGCUUUAAAACAAUAACACCGGGCGUUAAUGGGUAAAAUGCGGUUGGGUUCUCGCGAGGAUUGUUUCCCGGAAGUGGAGGUGAACACACAACAUAGCAACAAUCCUCCGUCGGAAAAAGAGAGGAAAUAUACAACAUGAAUAAAAAAAAGAAAUGAAUAAACUGUCCAAUCUCGAUACAUUUGGUCUCGCAAUGACGACGUGAUUGAUGUAACGUAGGUCCCACUGCCCGACUUUUAACACUAAAAUGAGUCAAUGACGUCUGCCUCGACAGCUUGUAUAUUUUACUGACGUACUAAAAUGUGGUUUAUUUGAUGUAGCAUUCAAUAAGCUGCUCGUGUUAGUUUGGCGAAAAGCCACACGUAAUUGGACGGUUGAGCUCGUACGGGACGCGGCGGAGGCGGAGGGAUACCGAGCUCAGUAGCGGUGAUGUCAUUGGUUGCUAGGUGAAAGUGUCCAUGAUGCUUCUCACUAAGAUGCUUGUUGCUCAGUUUACUACUCGCCCGCCACGCUGCAAGUACCGCACCACGUCGUCGUCUGCGCCGAGCUGGCACGAUGGCUUUUUGACUUGUACAAGAAGUUGUAACCGAGAAGACGCCGUGCUUUGCUUUGGCAACGCACUCCCAAGCUCUCUAUACUAUUUCUCUGCAAGAAUGGAGUUUCACUAUGCCCACCCAGCCCUGCUCUCUGAGGCCCAGCUGUCUGACCGCGACUGCCCCCAGCGCAUGCUCCGACUCGGACUGAACCGAAGCGCCGAUGGACAGAAUGAUGAUAGCGACACCGGCUCCUGUUUGGAAUACGCUUCUUGCGUGCCAGGCAGACCCCCUCGCUCUCUCUCACCCACAGGCUAACCGCAGCCAAUCGCAGGGGUGCAGGGGGGAGGUGUCAGAGGGGAGUCAGCACUUAAUUGGUGAUGGUCUCACCGACUGGAUGACGGAAGAAGUGGACUUCUCCUCGUACCUCCCGAACCCUCCCUCCCCUCCUACCUCCACCGAUGCCUCUCUCCCCCCGUCGCCCCUUCACAAUGAUAUCCAUGUGCCCUCUGACUUAGAGGUUAUGACCUCUCUGCUGCAAGAGGAACUCGCCCAACUGGAAGACUACUUCCUGUCUGAGCCACUGCCGGAGAAAGGUCCGAGGCCGGGGAAAUGCGACCGGGGUCCUCAGCCGUUCGGUCAACCGCCCUACGCAUCGUACUCCGCACCCAGCCAAUCGGAAUCCAGCCCGUUUCUUCUCACUCUGGCGAGCGGAGAACUGGACUUGCUCGGCGUGUGCGGCGGGCCUGUCGCGCGAUCUAAAAUUCCCAGGCACACCCCGUAUAGCUGCGGUCGCCCCAGCCCGUGCGUUAGGAAAAGAAUCCCGGACACGGUGAGGUUAAGUGACAGUUAUGACAACAGUUCAAGUUCCAAAGCAAGCAACUCAGGUAACUCGGCACUCACUUAUUGCUGUGUGGAAGAGGAGCAGUUAGUCGGCAAAGGCUACUGUCUGGGCAGUGCGGGCGAGCUCCGAAAAUGCGCCGUUCUCGCCAGAGACGAGAAAAACUGCUGCUUCGGUCACAACGCAAAGGCCGCCGCCGCAGGCGGAUGCCAUUUUGGCGCAUCGCUUGACGACUCGCCAAAGAAAGAAGAUCUGUUGAUGUAUAGCAUGAGAGAGGUGAGUGGCGGCACCGCUAACAGCGAGGUGCUCACCAGCAUCAAAGCUGGUGUGGAGGUGACAAAAGCGACAGUUUCUUGGAAAGCCCAGAGCAGUGAAAGUUGUUAUCUUUCUGGAACACCCCAGUCUGAGGCCUAUCAUAGCUUCUUCACCGAGCAGGUCAAAGCGGAGAAUCUGCAGAUAGGGCAGCAUGACUUGCACUGUAAUUUCCUGGAGGAUCCGGGUCCAGAGUGUCUUGUGAUGGCAAGGGACAGUCUGAACUUGGAAUCUUGCAGGUUGAAGGAAGACCACUGUGCUGUCAAAUACCAAUUUGAUGUCAUUCCCGCAGAAGGCAGAGGAGAGCGCAAACAGAAGAAGAGAGAUCAGAACAAAACAGCUGCUCACAGGUAUCGCCAAAGAAAAAGGGCAGAAUUAGAUUCUUUGGAAGAACAGCUGCAUUGCCUGGAAGGGAGGAACCGUGAGCUACGGGACAAGGCGGAGUCUGUGGAGCGUGAAAUCCAGUACGUCAAAGACCUCCUGAUCGAAGUUUACAAGGCCAGAAGCCAAAGGCUAAAGCAGGACACAACAGGACAACCCCAAAGUCAGAGCAGGGAAGUUGUGAAGCUUUCAGUGUCAUUUUGAUUGUCCGGGAUACAAUUUUGCUUUUCUUUUCCUUUCUUUAAUGAUGAACGUGUGUUUUGGUCAUGACAAAACAAGGCAAUGGUAGUAACGUUGCUGUCACACUCCGCCUCUUGAGGCCAGCCAGCAAUGCUGUAAUGACAAUCGUCUUCAUGCCGUGUGACUCGUACUUAUUUGAAAAAACAACAACCAAACGUUGAUGAUGCGAGUUUAAGAUUUUACUGGCCUUACAUUAGAAUUGAUGUCAAUCUUUUUCUUCCUGUUCAAUUUCCUUUUCAACGAUUUUCUGUAGAAAAGCUGAAUGCCUCAAUUUAUUCAUUCAAACUUAAAUGUUUUUUUUAAGUUUUUUUUUUUUAAAUGUUGUCUUCCUAUCAAUAUUUUAAACAAGAGUAAUUGUUUUGGAAUAUGAAUUGACCUGAAUGAUACGAUUCAUCGUUUUAACCCCAGAAAAUGUAGUAUACUUUUUUUAUGUUUCAUAUUAAUACAUAUGUUUGAUUUUAUUGCAGUGUUUUAUUCUAAAUAAUAUUGUUUUCAAAUGUUAGAGGGCACUUAUUGAUUUCAGCUUUAAGGCAGCACUAACUGAAUAACAUUUUAUUGUUCAGAGCAGGUACAUUUUCCCGUGUCUGUUACACUUUGGUUUGAUUUGUAUUUUUGUAAUUUUAUGAUUGUUGAUAUAUAUGGCAUCCCCCCCUCAAUCAUAUCACAAAUAAUCCAGUAUAUUCACGCAGCUCAGGAUAUACAAUUUGCUCUCCAAUAAAUCAUAUUGCCCUUUGAUGCUCCGUGACAGACGAGGAAAAUAUUCAUGCGUCUUACAUGUAACCUUAAAGAUGUUCCACAUAAGCCUUUUUUGUGACAUAUUGUAACUACAUUUUUGCUGCAUGUCUUUCUGAAAGAAAAAAAAGGUACAUUUUGGGAUGAAUCAGGAUUCUUAUUAACGCAAUAUGUCUCAUGAGCCUCAGGCUAAUCUGCACUAAUUUAUACAAACUUUUAUAUGUUAAGCGAAUAGAGCGUAAUAGUCCUCGCUUUGUAGCAAAUUAAAUGAGAAAAGCCUUGUUAACAAUGAGCCUGCAUGCGUAAUUUUGAUUUCCACUGCUGGCAGAAUAGAUUCUUACUGGGCAUAUUUUCCUAUGCAUUUAUUUAAAGACAAUCUUGAAUAUAAGCUUGGAUAUUAUUUAUUCAAUUCCACAAAAGCCCAUAGCUUGUGCGUCCUUGCUGUGUCGUGGCCAACGUGAUACGAUAUUAGAUCAAAAAUGUUCUUAUUUAAAUUCCAUUUCAUGAUCAAAUCAGUGUAGUUUUCUAUUAUUGAUUUUUUUUUCUGUUGAAAAUAAAAGUGUGGCAUUGCAA